UUUUAUAAAAUGUUUAGAUCGUGCCUAAAUUGUAUAAUACAUGUGAUCUAUCUACUAUACUUUUGAUAAUUAAAUAAUAAAAUUCCAGCAUUAUUUAUUGCUAGAUAUGUUUUCCUUUGCACCGACUUUGCAAGUUAAGGGUUAAGGCAGCCAGCGCCUUACGCACAGGUGUCUCCAGUCCUCUAUGAAACAGCGUCUGCGAACUGUUGGCGAACUUUUUUUUUUUUUCUUUCUGCUUCUUCUUUAAUUAAGUUGAUCAUAACUGUAACUCAGCUGGGAUUUGCUGUCCGACUAGACAGGCCACUGUAAUUCAUGUAGUUAGAUCUUAAGUGGGUUUGCACACCGCAGCCCUAAUCUCUCGCUACUAUUAAACGUGGAGCGACUAACCUGGAGAGCUCUCCACAUCGAGACCGGUUCAGCACGCUCCUCUUUUUCGCUCUUUUUUUUACGCAGCAUCUGAUUCCUGGAGUUAGAAAAACAAUUACGCGACACCUUUAAGAUCGCUUAAAGAGUUUUUCAGUAGUUUUAAAUCGCGUUAAACUUGCUGGAUUUUCAAGUUUUUAUUUAUUUAUAUUUUACUCUCCGCUCUGUUACGCACCGGAUAUGUGGUGGAUGCUGUUUCCACGAUGGAUUUGGUUUCUUCUGGGACAUUGUUACACCAUACUCCUUUAUAUGGACAGCUGCCGUGUGAGAGCAAUGCCUAUGUCUGUGGCAAAAGUGGUGUACUCUCACGCAGGUCUAUGCCCGAACGACCUGAACCCCAACCUGUGGGUGGAUGCUAUGAGCACCUGCAUGCGCGAGUGUGAAUCUGACCAGGACUGUGAGUCAUUUGAAAAGUGCUGCCCUAAUGUUUGUGGUAACAAGAGCUGCGUGGCAGCGCGCUAUAUAGACAUCAAGGGCAACAAAGGCCCUGUUGGAAUGCCAAAGGGUGCCACCUGCGACAAGUUCAUGUGCUCUCAGCAAGGGUCCGAGUGCGACAUCUGGGAUGGCCAGCCUGUUUGUAAGUGCCGGGACCGCUGUGAAAGAGAACCCCACUUCACGUGUGCAUCUGAUGGCAUGACCUAUUAUAACAAGUGCUACAUGGAUGCAGAGGCCUGUUCCAAGGGUAUCUCUAUCUCUGAGGUCACCUGCAGGUACCAUCUGACCUGGCCAAACACCAGUCCAAUCCCCGCAGAGACCACCUUACAUCCCACCACUGCCCUCCAGACCACCCUCCCAGCUGACAUCCAGCUCCCCACCAUACUGACCGGCCCCACCCAACAGGCUGUUUUUGUGGGUGACACAGCUAGCUUCCUGUGUGAGGUGUCUGGGAAGCCACGUCCGGAAAUCACCUGGGAGAAACAACUGAAGGGCAAAGAGAACACCAUAAUGAAACCAAAUCAUGUCAGAGGGAACGUUGUGGUCACUAACAUUGGCCAGCUGGUCAUAUACAAUGCACAACUUCAGGAUGCCGGCAUUUAUACGUGCACAGCCAGAAAUGUUGGGGGAAGUGUAUCAUCACACUUUCCCUUGGUUGUGAUCAAAAGAGAAGCGAAAGGUAAGAAUGUUGAGGGGAAUAGUACCAACCUGCCAAUUCCAGCUGAAGAAUGCCUUAAGAGUCCAGACACAGACGACUGUGGAGAAGAAAGCAUGAGCUGGUACUAUGAACCAAAGAGGAACAAUUGCUUCACCUUCACCUACAGUCAGUGCAAUAAAAACCGUAACCAUUUUGAUGCCUAUGAAGCCUGCAUGCUGUCAUGUGGAGGAGAUCUGGCAGCACCCUGUAGCCUACCAAGCCUCCAAGGGCCUUGCAAGGCUUACGAGCCUCGCUGGGCUUAUAGCAGCAUCCUUAAAAAGUGCCAGUCCUUUGUGUAUGGAGGCUGUGGUGGCAACGAGAACAACUUUGAGUCUAAAGAGUCUUGCGAAGAGAUGUGUCCCUUUCCGAAAAGCCACAACUGCAAGAUGUGUAAACCUCGAGGCAAGAUGGUCACCAGCUUCUGUAAGAGUGACUUUGUGAUCCUGGGGCGUGUAACCGAGCUAACAGAGGAGCAAGAGUCAGGCCACGCUUUGGUGACAGUGGAGGAGAUCUUGAAGGAUGAGAAGAUGGGUCUGAGAUUCUUUGGCAAAGAGCCCUUGGAGGUGACUCUUCUGAACAUGGACUGGAACUGCCCCUGCCCCAAUAUCACUGCAGCCAACGGGCAGCUCAUCAUCAUGGGUGAUGUUCAUAACGGGAUGGCUGUCCUGCAGCCUGACAGCUUUGUAGGCUCCUCCAGCACUCGGAAAAUCAGGAAACUUCGUGAAAUUGCCCACAAGAAAACCUGCGAUUUCCUUAAAGAUUUCUCUGCGGUCCAGUAGGCUUUGAAAGUCGCGCAUUCACUGAAAGUCAGUUGUUGUUUUCUAAUUAUUCCAAGCUCCAGUGACCUCACCAGUUUGUACGACUGCCAGUAAACACAAGACUAGUAGCUUAUCCGUAUCAUCUGAGGUGUUUUUGUCUGUUUCGGAUGUUUUUCUUUCCAUUCUUUGCUCGGUAUUUCUCAGUAGAUCUUAAAAAUUCGGUCAUCGUAGUUUUUAUUGAUGUCAGUGAUCAUUUUUGUCAGUUGUUUUCUUCUUCACAGAUGCUGUCACAACUGUCCAAAUAGCUCUUUGUUUUGAUGGCCACACUGAGGAUACACUGUCUGGAAAAAGGCAGGUAGAAUAGUAUUAGUAACAAACAUUUACCCUGUACAAAGUAUUUAAUCUUUGUGUUUACUAAAAUUGCAUUAUAAAUUUCCUCUCCAAAUGUUAUCUUGCAUACACUUAUAUCAUUCAUGUAGCAGUGUGUUUUAAUACGAUUGAUACAUUUGCUUUAUGUUUUUGUGGGUUAUAAAAAAGACAUUGUAUGACAUCAGUUCUGAGCACUUGAGCUCACAAUAAUGCAAUUUGCAAGCCUCAGUUUAUGUACCAGAAUCAAAUAAGCUCUUUGGUUCCACAUUUUGUGGAAUCUGUUUUGAUAAGUUUUAAUUUACAA